AUGCGGUCAACUGCGAUAUGCCGUGCAUUAUCAAAGGUCGUACGUAGGCAUAUGUCGGCAGCGGCUAUUUGUUCUGGAACCAGGAUGCCUCAUCCAGUUUUGAUAACUCGACAGAUGUCAUCCACUCGGCCAUUGAAUAAUGAAUUAAUUGACGCUUUAAAGAAUGAAAUUACGGCUGAGAAACAGCUCGAAAAGGAGAAUCUUCGAGGUGAACAAGCUCCAAGAAUUUCGGGUUUCGAAAUUACAACUGAUGGUGCUAACGUACAAUUGGCAAAGCUUCAUGGCAAAGAAAAAAUUAACGUUUACUUCAAUGUCAAUCACUCAGUGGACAUGGAAGGCGAAGAAGAUGAGGAAGAAGGAGUUCCACUCGCCUUGCCUUCACUUACGGUAGAAAUUAUCAAAGCACAGCAACGGUUAUGUUUUUAUCUUGACUUGUGCGAGAACGAAGAUGCAACGAAAGCAAAUGAACGGUUUGAUUUUCGUGUGGCAGAAUUUUACAUUGCUCCGGCAUCCAAAGGAAUAGAAGAUGAAAAUGUACCUGAAUCAGUGUAUUCGUCAUCCGGCAAAUAUAUUGACCCAACUCUUCAUGAUCUUUUGUUUAAUCAUUAUUUGGCAGAACGUGGUUUCGAUCAGAAAUUUUGCCGUGAAGUGGUGGAUUUUGCUACACACUAUGAACAUUCGCAGUAUGUUAAACUAUUGACGGAUAUCCAAUCAUUUGUUUCAAAAUGA